CUGUGCUGCUCACCUGUCAGGAUCCACAUUUCAAGCUGGUCUGUUGGAAGUAACUCUGAAUGGCAGAAUUUGGAUAAAGUGUUGGAACAUGACAUUCCAGUAUUUGCUUGGAAGCUCAGGAAUUGCUACCUAAGCAGGGAUUUUGCGCUUUGGGAGAUUCCAUUCGUGUCUGCUCUUCAUCUUCUGGUUUAACUUGAUCUCAAUGGGAAUUCAGCCAGACUAAAGUGUACACAGAGCAAAAUGACACAGCCAAUCAGGGAGCCUCUGCAGAGGAGGAAGUCUCUUGGGCCAAUGUCUCCAAAUGCAGCCAAGAGACUAUAUCGCAACCUGUCCUUCAGACUAAAGGGUGGUUCCAGCUCGGAAGAAGCCUGUCUCAUUAAAAAAAUAGAGAAAGAAAGAAGCAAGAAAUCUUCAUCGCUGAAUAUUCAGUACGAUUCAAUCUUUGAUGCUGUGGAACAUGAAGACCUUGAUGCAGUUCAACGGAUACUUAAUCAACCAGGCACACAGGAUGACCUGAAUGAGGUUACCAGCAAUGGACUUGUACCACUGGAUAUUGCUGUGCUGACUAACAACAUCUCAAUGGCGAGCCUCUUAAUGAAUGCUGGAGCCAGGGAUAACCAUCAGUUCAAUGAAGGCAACUGGGAAAUGCACCUGACCACUUUAGUGAGCAAAGCAACACAGAAAAUUACAGAACUAUUAGAACUCAGGACUGAAUCUUCAGAGGCUGAUUUCUACAGUAAGACCAGGGAACUCCGGACUUGGAGGUUCAGACAAAAGCUGUAUAAGCAAAUGAAAACUGCUUUUGAGAAUGCACAUGUCCCUGAUUCUCCAGAGAAAGUGUGUUUGUCAGUAACUGGUACUACAUCCCUUCGAGUCACAUUCCAGGAACCAGCAAGGAGCAACACCUUGAUAAUCACUCGCUACAAAGUGGAGUGGAGUUACACCGAAACCUUUGAAUCUACUGUAGGAGCUGCAACUGUCGAGGAUCUGAAGUCACUACAGUACGCAAUAGAAGGCCUCAACAUGGGAACUCUAUACUAUGUGCGUGUUUCGGCGUAUAACGUGAAAGGCUGGGGGCCAGCAAAGGUAUCAACUCCUCCCUGUGCUAUUCCAUCCAGUUGGAAGGAGUGUGCUGAAGUUAAAUUGAGGCAGAAGGACCAAAGCCGAGCAGUGCAGAAACUUCUGGAGCAGAUAAAGGCUCCUCGUCAUCGGAGCUUCUUCUUAGAAACCUGCACAGUUCACACACCCAGUAAGAAACUGUCAGUCUCUCGCAGCCUCAAGUACCUCUUUCAAAACACAAACAAGUUUGUCAAGACCCUGCAGAGGGGUGUUUAUUUAGCUGCCAUUUUUUUCUACAAGGAAAACAUUCUGGUCACAAAUGAAGAUCAAAUCCCGAUUGUUGAGAUCGACAGCUCCUGUUCUGGCUCUGACAUGCAGGAAUUCCUCUGGUUUUCAAAGCUUUCCUGUAUGUGGAAGGACAUCCAGUGGUUGCAGCAGGGAAUGAACUCGGCACUUUCCUCCUCCUCGUCGGUGCUGCAGACCAGGCAGAAGAUGUUAUUAGCAGUGUCCCAACUCCAGAGUGCAUUGGGAACACAGGACCUGGGCCAAGUGCAUUUUGAACCAAUCAAGGACAAACUUGGGAAUGUUUUGAUCCUAACCAUCAAGGAGCUGCGGCCAUCCCAGGUGCUGGAGAAUGUCCGGUGGACUGCACUUUCAAAGCUUCAUAACUAUCGGAAAUCUGUCUCUGCUUUUGAGAGCUUCACUGCCCUGGACAUGCUCUUCAUGACUUUGAAGGACAAACUGGAUUAUCACCUGAGAGUCAACCAGGCCUUACCUCCAGGUCUCUACCUCGGUUAUCUGAAGCUCUGCAGCUCUGUGGAUCAGAUUAAAGUCCUCGUUCCAUACAGGGUGCCCAACGUACUCUGUCACACCAAGAUACGGGACAACAAGAACGUGUCCCGGGAGGAGUGGGAAUGGUUACGAAGUGUGUCAUCCCUGACUGAUUCUAUUGCCACAGAGGGAAACACAGGGAGCUCACUGUGUACUUUUCUAGACGGGCUACGUACAGCUGUGAAAAAUCUCCUCCAGCAUCUGGACAUGGCUCUUGGUCAGGCUGCAGAUUUUCGUCUGUACACCCAGGAAGUGUUAGAGUUUGGACAUGAAGUCUCCUUCCUCCUGUUGCUGCCUCCCUCAGAUGAUGUGUGCUCAGCCCCAGGACAGGAUGGACAUCCCUCAGGGUUUCUGACCCUGCCACUUCAAAUCUUCGAGCUUGUGCAUUUCUCGACCUACGAGCAGGAGCUCUUCACAAAGUACUGCCAGGCUUCAAUUUUAUUGGAACUUGACUCGCUGCUGUCACAACAAGCUUUGAGAGAAGCUAUAGAUAACACUGAAUUAAUUGAAGCAAAGGAGAAACACAGACAAAUUAUAGACCUUAUUCAGCAAUUGGAUGACAUUUGGAGGGAGGUCCGUUGGAUUACAGAUGUACUACAGUAUGCUCGGUACAGACAACCUCCCACUGGCACACCUCUGUGCUGGAUCCUGGAGAUUUCAAGUAUGGUGGGGGUAGAUGAGAAACCAGAAUCGGUCACAGAGCAUGUGAAUUCCACUGCCUGUUCUCCAGUUGAAGACAGGAAGAGGGAACAUCCAGAGUGUAAAGAAAUUACAGAUGAAGAUGAUGUUUUCUGGCCAAUGGAGAGAGACUGUGAUUCGAAACUCUCCCUGAGCUCUGAUCAACUGGACUGGGUGGACCCCCAGGGCAGUGAGCACCAUCACUCCAGGACAAGCAUUGCAAUGGACACAGACAGUAAAAAACCAUUGCAGCAUGUAGAUCUCCACAGAGGACAGCACAGACACAAGGGAGCUGACAGAGAGUUCCAUCGGACUGGGAGUCUGGAAUUUACCGAGCGGACACUGAAGGAAGCCAGCGCCUACAAAUUCUGGUCACAGCCAGGAUCAAUGGAUGAAGGCACUGAGGAGUUUGAUCGUGAAGGACCAUACAGUUUCAGCAGUGAGAUUGUCCGACACAUCAGUCUGCCUGGAUGCAGUCUGGUUGAGUGGAUCAAGACAUCGCAGGAGACUUAAGAAUCCUGUUACCUUAAAGUUGGACUCAUCGUUCCAAUGUAAAUUAUUUCUUGCUCUGAGUAAAGAGUCUCAAGUAUCUUUAAGGUGUUUUUUGGAAAGAGUGGAGGGGUCACUUGGACAUUGCAGUGAGUUAGAUACUAGCCUGUGUUUCCUGAGACUUGCAGUUCGGUUCAGAUAGAAGGGGUCAGGCUCUUCUGUCUUGGUUAGGUGAGUGUGGGAGGUCUCCUCAGGGCACCUCAGUCAGAAUUGUAAAAGGCAGAGCAUGGUAGUUGUGGCAAGUGGAGAUAGUCACAUCCAUCUUCUUCUCAAGUUGGGAAUUGAAGCAUAUUUGUGGGAUGAUCUUGAAUGAGGUUAGCUCCCCCUCUAGCCAAGCUUUCAAAGAGAAACGGACAUGGUUUCAGGAGCAGUAGAUCCUACAAGAAUCAAGAUGCUCAGUCUUUGAAGAGCAAAUUUCUGUCAACAGUUUGAUGUAUCAAUUAUUUACUAAUUCCCAGCAUUUGUGGUAUGUUUAUCCUUUAAUAUCAUCAAAUUGUAGAAUAAUUAGCAAUGAAGUAGGCAGUUCAACCCAUUGUGUUUGCAUUAUCUCUUGAAAAAAAUCUCUCCUGUUAGUCCCACACUGACCGUGUAUUCCCCAUUGUCCUGCAAACUUACCCAUAUUUAUCCAGUUCUCUUCUGAAAAUUCUAUUGAAAUUGCAUCCACUAUUUGAUUUAAUUUAUUGUUGUCACAUAUACCUUGGUACAGUAAAAAGUUUUGUUUUGCGUGUAGUACAGACAGAUUAUACCAUACAAGGACAUAUAGAUCAUAAGGUGAUCAACAACUUGUGCAGAUGUAUCAGAUUGCAUAAGUUGAAUCAAGAUAUAUCAGUCUAUAACAGGUACAUCAGGCCAUCGAUAGAGUUAUGAUAGAUUGUGUACAGUUUAUCACAUGUGCCGUGUAUCCAUCACCCUUUCAGGGACUGUGAUUCAGAUCAGCAACUCAGUUAGCCCUCAUGUUGACCCUGACUCAUUUACCAGUUACUUAAUGUUGGCUGAGAGAUUUGGAGCCUGCAAACUCCAAGCCCUGCAAAAUACCUUCACUGCCCAGGCUGCUCCGUGAUGUUUGUACUUGUUCCUUAUUUGCUGGUGUGUAUGUUGUGGGCUUGGAAGGCUGGAAGAUCUAAGCUCUGUUCUCAUUGGUGGAUAAUUCAGAAUGUUAAUUAGCAUCAACAAGAAGCUACGUUUAUUUAGUACCCUUAAUGUUGAAGAAUCAUUGAACAGACUAAGUUUGACAAUGAGCCAUUGAAGGAAAUAUUAGGACAGUUGACCAAAAACUGAGACAUGCAAGAUAAUGACGCUGCAAUUAUAAACUUCAUAGAGGUCCCUGGUUGCAUCAUUCAGCUCUUCAGGAAUGUAUUAUCACUUUAUGAAGGAUUUUAAUUUUUCUGCACAGCAUGUACUGAUGCCCAUUCAAGUGGCACAUAUCCAGUUGCAGGACUCAGAGAAUGCUAUUGUAAAAUGAACAAAGAGUAGACCAAGGAAACUCAAUUCCUGUUUUAUUUAAACCUUGAACUUCCUUGCUUAAGAUUCAUUCAGAACUGCAGCAGCACUAAAUUCACUUUUGUCAGGCUUUGUUCAAGUAAAUCGAGGUCAGUCGAUCUGUGUACAGAUGCAUUGAGUUAUGUACAAGUGUGUUGAGCUAUGUACAGGUUGAUGCAAGUUAAUCCAGACUGCAUACAGGAAUGCCAAAUUGUAAUGGUAUGUCAGACUGUGUGCAGUAUAUUAAGGUAUGUUGUGUUGUAUACAGGAUUAAAGUAUGUCAGACUGUACAUGCUUGUAAAAUCAUGUAGAGACUUGUUGAACUUGUGUAGAUAUUUCAG